AUGUAUAAUCUGGGCAAAGCCGAUUUCUUUCAGAAUCCGGGGCAGGACCCGGCCUACGUCUUGGAGAUUGUUCCCGUCGCAGGGGGUCUCGCUGCCAUCUCGUCAGACCAGAAACUCACCCUCUUCAGCCCCUUGAAUUUAAGCCAGGGACCACUCAAGACAAUACGAACAGCACACGGUAACAUCACAUGUGCAAAAGCUUUUGAUGAGUCCAACUCCAUCAUCUGUACAGCUGGGGAAAAUGGCACCGUUUCAUUGUGGGAUCUGCGACUGGACGGGUCGAAAGCACAGAUAGCCACUCCAACAGCUGACUUGAUGUGUCCAGGGAGUGAUGCACCGAUAGUAUCGCUGGCAUGUUCCGCAGGGGGAAACGCUAUAGCAGCUGGCACAGAGUUGGCGAACCACCAGGCCUCCAUCCUCAUCUGGGAUGCUCGUGCCGGCUCUACACCCAGGAUACGCUAUGAUGAGGUUCACAGCGAUGAUGUGACAGAGCUCAACUUCCACCCUACCUCACCAUACAUCCUACUUUCGGGCUCCACAGACGGUCUUGUCAACGUCUGCGAUACCACAAUCACAGAUGAGGACGAGGUCGUCAUUCAGACCUUCAAUCACGGCUCUGUUCACCACGCAGGGUUUCUCAAUAACACUGAGGUCUACGCCACAAGCCAUGACGAAAAGUUCGCCCUAUACGACAUGGCAGAGACCCAGGAGAAAGGCUCCGCGACGGUCGACUUUGGCGACAUCCGGGACGUGCUCAGGUGCCAGUAUGUAGCCAACGUGACGCCUAAAUUGGGCGACAACGGCGCCGUGAUUGGUGCCGGCUCUCAAGACCAACAAUUCUUCCAAUUGAUACACAUGUCCAAGUCACCAGGUUGGAGCUUCAGCGCGGAUACAAGCGUUGGUCUCCCGGGCGCCCAUGGCUCAGAAUUGGUGCGAAGCUUCCGAUUCUUCGACCAGGACCAGGUCGUCUUCACCGCUGGGGAAGAUGGCCAGAUCAUAGCAUGGCGUCCGAGUUGA